AUGUCUUUCACUGAGGAUCAAGAAAAAAUCGCGCUAGAAAUACUGUCAAAGGACAAGCAUGAGUUUUACGAAAUUUUGAAAGUGGAUAGGAAAGCCACAGAUAGUGAAAUCAAAAAGGCAUACAGAAAACUAGCUAUUAAAUUACAUCCUGACAAAAACUCUCAUCCUAAAGCGGGAGAAGCUUUUAAAGUAAUCAACAGGGCAUUUGAAGUACUAAGUAGUGAGGAAAAGCGCAGUAUUUAUGACAGGAUAGGUAGAGACCCUGACGAUAGACAAAUGCCAUCCAGAAGUGCGGCUUCAGGGUUCCAAGGAAGUGCAGGUGGAUCUCCAAUGGGUGGCGGAUUCGAAGACAUGUUUUUCAAUUCACGUUUUGGUGGUCAAAGAGCGGGACCCCCGGAAGAUAUAUUCGACUUUUUAUUCAACGCAGGCGGCAGCCCAUUCGGUGCUUCACCCUUUGGGUCUUCUGCUUCCACUUUUUCAUUUGGAGGUCCAGGUGGUUUCAGAGUCUAUACAAAUAACCGGGGAGGCUCACCAUUCAUGCGCCAACAACCCCGGUCAAGACAGCAGCAACAGCAAGCAGAAGAAAAUGCAGUGAACUCACAAUUAAAGAAUAUGCUUGUUCUUUUCAUCAUCUUUAUUGUUCUUCCCAUGAUUAAAGAUUAUUUGUUCGGUUGA